AAAACAAACAAAGAUGUUACCAAUUUUAUUAUUUCUGUUACACUCCAACAUUUUACCCCCACUGUUCUUCUUUAUCGGUGAAAGAAACAAAGAAGAACAGAGGAAACAUAAAGGAGAAGGGGACCUCUGGAAAUUACCAAGUUCACUCCUCAUAUUAUUCUUCCUUUACAUUCUUACCAUCUAAACUCUGCAACAUUCUAUCUAUAUAUUCACAUAGUAUAUACAAGGUGAAAAAGUAAAAUUCCACCAAAACAAGAACAAGAGAAAGAAAUUACCAAGAAAAUUUUGUUGCUGUACUUUUGGUAAUCUCCUCUUGAACCCCCACAAAACCCUCAUACAACUUUUUUUUUUUCUGGGUGAUUGACGGUCCUAAAAAACUCGAUAUCAACCAACAGAAUCGAGAUUCAAACUCGAAAUCUACAGAUUGAAAUACAACUGCUUUAUCGUUGUACCGCUAGCUCUCCAUAACAACCAUCAUACACAUUUUCCCCUUUUUUUCUGUUAAUCAUUCCCCAAAACCCUAAUCCCCCCAAUAUUUUUCAUUUUUCUUUGAUAUCAUCAUGAUCAUGAUCAUGAUCAUCCCUACCCGCAAUCUGACUCUGCAUCUGACCGCCAUUGUUGUUGUGAGCCACAACCACCUCCUCCUUCUUCAGUUCCCCAAUCUCCUUCUUCGCCUCCUUCUUCCUCACGAGAUGCAUCCGCACAUAGGAAUUCAAGAACAGAAGCAUAAUCGCGGCGUUCAAUACCGAAUUGAACACCCAAGCUCCGAUCCCAUUGCACCCUCCCUUCAUGAAAUGAAGCAGCAGAACUCCGACGUGGCAGACCAAAUUCCCUCCGAGCAGAGCAAUCUGGCAAUUGAGCACAAAGGGGAAGCAGGCGCCGGGCAACCCGAUUGCGGUCCAGAACCGGUACCCGUAAACCGCCGAAUAAACCAUGGUGGCGAGCAUGAUUCCGAGGACCUGGAAACUCUGCGAGAAUUCGAGCCAGAGGAAGGAAACGACGGUGAGGAUGAUGUGGUUGAAGAGCUGGCAGAAGACGAGGCGGCGGGCGGAGAAGAUGGAGAAGAAGGUGCGGAGCAUGUGGACGAAUCGGGAGAGGUAGUACAUGUACGACCAGAAGAAGACCCGACCCGAGGGCCGGGUUCCGAUGGGGAAACAGAGGAGCCACUGAAACGGGGUCUUUGAUCGGCGCCAGAACCAGCGGGUUUCUCGGAUCUCGGAGGCGGCGGAGAGGAGGAUCCCGGCGAAGAUGGUGGCGGAGAUUAGGGCCAUGGCGAGGCUGUGGAGGGCCGGGAUCGGGCCGAGAGGGAUGGGGCCGCGGCGGCGGCGGACGGUCAGGGCGAGGAGGAGGUGGAGGAAGGUGGCGGCGGCGAGGUAGAAGGCGAUUGAGGUCACGAGGAAUGACCACGUGGAUCCCCAUGAUUGGCUGUGGCUCCACCGGAAUUUCACGAUCGACGGGUGCUCCGCCAGGUAGAAUUUCACCGUCUGCAUCAUGG